AUGCAUUUCUCAACCACUUUUGCGGCACUUGUUGCCCUUUCCGGCUUCACCUCUGCCGAGCCCAACGGCUGGUCCAAGACCAAGGAAGCCGAGGAUAGCCCUUCCAAGCUCGACGACUGCGGCUGCUGGCCCAUCUACCAGGCCAUGCUCAAGUGCCAGAAGCUCAAGUUCCCCGAAGAGUCUGCCGAGGACUGUGUUUGCAUUCCCAACCCAGAUGGCUGGUACGGCUCCAUGGAUGGCUGCCGCACUUGUCUCUCUUCCAACACCAACGAAGACUUCUUUGACAACAUGGCCAAGCUCGUUACGCAGCUGUUUGUCUCGUGCACAAACGCCGGCGGCGCUGUCUACAGUGACGGCAACAGCAUUUGCGCCAGCAACUCCUUCCGAGAGGCCUGUGUUUCGCUCGGUACUGAUGGAGAGCCCAGCUGGGCUAGCUUUGAGCAGGGUGAUGUUUCUGGAAAUGGCACUUAUGUUCUGGAUAUCGAGGAAUAUGGCGCUAAGAAGGAUGCUUCUACUUCAGUGACGACUGCCAAGACUGCUGAAAAGACAACUGCUACGACUGCGGCUACCGGUUCUGCUGAUUCUACCGAGACUGAGACUGAGGCCGCUGAGACCACCAAGGCUGAUACCAAGACCGAGACCACCAGUGUUGAGACAGCUGCUGCUACUGGUACCUUGGAUGCCUCUUCUGCAGCCCAGACCCCUGCUGCUUCAAGCACAACAACACCAUCUUCAGGUAUGAAGCUUGCUAGUGCUCAGGCUGGAGCAAUGGGUCUUAUUGUGGCUGUUGUUAUCGGAGCCGGUUUAUUCUAG